AUGAAAAUCACUACAUGGAAUGUCAGGGGCAUAACGGCCCUUAACAAGGGUCGGAUGUUAAAACAACAUAUGGCGAAAUUAGCAUGUGACAUUAUAAUGCUUCAGGAAGCAAAAUGUAGUAAAGAGGAGGGUGAUAUGUUCAUUCGUUAUUACAAAGAUUGGAGUGGUUUCUUCCAACCAGCAGUUGGUCGAGCUGGAGGCUUGGGGUUGCUUUGGAAAUCAGCCUCGGUUGUUAGAGAUGAAACAGGCAAAAUGAUUUUCAGUUUAUGUGGACACCUUGGUGUUGCCACAAACAGUGAAGCAGAGGUUAUGGAACUUGCAAGGGGACUGAAGCAGUGUUCUGAUUUGGCGUUAAAUUUGAUUCUGAUAGAAGGAGACUCACGUAUAUUAAUCAAUGCAAUUAAGAAUGAAUCUACACCCAAUUGGAAGAUUCGACAGAUAUUGAAAGAUAUUUUGACCUUACUAGACAACAUUCUGAAUUACAAGGUUAGUCACAUAUUUCGUGAGGCAAAUAGAGUCGUAGAUCACAUGGCAAAUUUGGGAGCAACUUUGAGGGACAAAGAAGAACAAAUAUUCUAUGAUAUCCCACAUGGAUAA